AAAACAAUAUCAGAAAAAAGGAUCUGAUAAGUCUUCACGAAAGAGAGAAUUAAUAAUGUCGUUUUCUAGUUAUAGCUUCGUCGUAUUAGCAUUAUUCUCCAUCGUCUUAACUCAAAUCUAUGGGUUGAGAAACAUAAACCGAAUGGAUGAUCUCCAACCGCAAGAAACGCUAAGGAUUCACAAUCAGAUUCGAGCUGCGGUCGGGGUUGCUCCUUUGGUGUGGGAUCCAAAAAUUGCUGCCCAUGCACAAAGCUACGCUAACGAACGAUCCGGAGACUGCGCCAUGAAACAUUCCACCGAUGGAACCUACGGAGAGAAUAUAGCCGCCGGGUGGGUCCAACCUGUCGACACCAUGAGCGGUCCGAUCGCGACUAAGUUUUGGUUGACGGAGAAGCCUUAUUACAAUUAUGCAACCAACAGAUGUAGUGAUGUGUGUGGCCAUUACACUCAGAUUGUCGCUAAUCAAUCGACACGACUCGGUUGUGGUACGGUCAGGUGUUUUAAUAAUGAGUAUGUUUGGGUCGUAUGUAACUAUGCUCCUAGGCCAAUGGGUGAUGCGAAUACUCGUCCCUAUUGAUAUAUAUUGCAUCCGGACUAAUAAAAAAGAAUUAAUAUACGGUGUAAAUGUGUAACGAGAGUAUCUAUAGAUAUUAAGAUAACAUGUUAUUAUAGACCGAUUAUAAGCUACAUGAGUUUCAGAGUUUGUAAUCUAGUGGUUUGUAUUAGCAUUGUAUCAACUAUCAAACAUAAGAAAACGCAUGUUUGAGUUAUUUCUUUUGAACAGAAAUAAUAUUGAC